CUGCUCCUCUCCUCCGGUGCACCGCUGUCUGCAGAAGCCAGCCCCAGUGCUGCUCGUAGCAAGAUGAAAACCGACCUGGAGCUCGCCUUGGAGUGCGUUGUCAACAUCUACCACCAAUACGCCAUCAAGUACCCCAUAGAUGACUACCUGAACAAGACUGAGUUCUCAGAUCUGCUGAAGGAGACCGCCAAGCCCUUCCUCCACAACACCAUGCCGCCUAACGUGUCCAUCGAUGACUACAUAAACAAACUCUUCACCAGAGCAGACGCCAACCACGACGGUCGCCUGAAGUUCACCGAGUUCCUCACCACGCUCAAUCUUGUAGCCAUCGAUGCCCACAACAGGUCCCACCAGCAUCCCAGGGGCCACGAUGAGCAUUCAGACGCUGGGCAUGGCCAUGACCACGGUCACGACCAUGGCCAUGACCACGGCCACGGUCCCCGCAAGUGAAGCAGUUCCCGGUGUAACUGUGUCCACGGGAUUGUGCUCUUCCAGCAGCGGCAUCCUUUCUGUUUGCCCACAAGCACAAACCUGUAACUAAAGCUUUGUCAUCUGCUUCUGCCUAUGGCACUGAAAUAAAAUUUCUUUCUUCAAGCACCAAA